GUAGGCGCGGUGCGGAGCCGCAGUUGCUUGCCCGCCUUCACCCAUGGCCGACAUGGAGCUCUUCGGUGCCCAGCAGCCGCAGCCGCCCACCACCGGGAACGGCAUGCCCGACGGUGGCGAGGAGGAUCCCGCCGCCGCUUUCCUGGCGCAGCAGGAGAACGAGAUCGCGGGCAUCGAGAACGACGUGGGCUACGGCAUCCUGGAGAACGGCGAGGUGCCCGAGGCGCUGCAGGGUCCCGAGGGCCUCGGCGCGGAUGCCGUUGAUGGAGUGAUUAACGGGGAUGUCUAUAAGGAGAGUAAUGGUCCCACAGACUGCUAUGCUGCCAUCUCCCAAGUAGAUCGACUGCAGUCAGAACCAGAAAGUAUUCGUAAGUGGAGAGAGGAGCAAAAGGAGCGUCUGGAGCAGCUUGAUGCAAACUCGCGAAAGCAGGAAGCAGAAUGGAAAGAGAAAGCAAUAAAAGAGUUGGAAGAGUGGUAUGCAAGGCAAGAUGAAAAGCUUGAGAAAACAAAAGCCAGUAACAGGGUGGCAGAUGAAGCUUUCUACAAACAGCCCUUCGCUGACGUGAUCGGUUAUGUCACAAACAUAAAUCAUCCUUGCUACAGCCUAGAACAGGCAGCCGAAGAAGCCUUUGUGAAUGAUGCAGAAGAUUUUCCUGGCACUGAGUGGGAACGUGUGGCUCAGCUCUGUGACUUUAAUCCCAAGUCUAGUAAGCAGGCAAAAGAUGUGUCCCGCAUGCGUUCAGUCCUCAUCUCACUCAAGCAGGCUCCACUGGUUCGCUGAAGCAAAGCUCGAUGGAGACACUACAAAUGCAAUAUUUUAACCUUACCCAGAGAAGCUAUGUUUGCAGUAAUUUUAUUAAUUGUUUCAAUGUGUAUUUUUGGACCACAUCAUGAUGUAUCUAGAGCUGAUCAUCAUUUGAUUGCAUGUUCUUCCUGAUGUUUUCUUUCUGUGUCUGAAAUGGGAGAACCUCCAAAACUGUAGUCUCUGUGCUGUUGUGUACCGAGGUGUCACUUCCUACAUUACUGAUAUUAAAGAUCUCUUAAACACAAAA